AUGCUCGAGACUUUCGCCACUCAGUGCUCGCUUCCCUCCAAUGCCGUCAACUUCGACUCCGCUCCGAACGUACGCGGAACCUUGGAUAUCCUCUGGACGUGUCUGACGAUCCUCAUCCUCUGCACUUGGAGCAUUCAGCAUCUCAGCGUUCCGCCUCAAGUGUUUCCUCGAACGAAAUCGCAGUGGUUCCGACGUACUCUCUUCUUAGCGAGGCGUAAGGCUAUCUGGAUGCUGAUUACUCUUCUCGCCCCUGAAUUCACUUUUGGACUAGCAUUGGCGGAUCUCCUUAGCGCCGGUUCUAAUGUAAAGGACUUGAAAGGGUAUGCAGACGAAGACGGUGUUCCCUGGACUUACGCGCAUGCAUGCUUCGCGGACACGGGUGGGAUUGUAAUCUACUUCCCACCCGACUUGAAUAAUGCGGCAGAGCCUACAAGUGAGCCGAUGGAUUCUCAUGUACUUUCUGCUUCUGAGUUUUUUAGUAACAGCGCAAGAGACGGAGGUCGAGGAACAUCCCUGCGGUGCCAUCUGCAACAUAACGAGAUCCGGCCUGAAGAGCUCGUUGAACCAACCCAAGCUCGAGGGAAUUCGAUGAAGAACAUGGCCAGCAUUCCUGGAGAGGACGAUUUCAUCUCCGAGACACGACCAACUCGCAAUGCGUCGAAGUUCGCUAAGUAUGGCGACAUUAUCUGGCACGGGCAUCCUACGAACAAGGAAUUGGCAAAGGAGGCUUUCAAGGAGUACCGAUCGCAAAACGAUGGGUCCGUUGGCCGUACAGAUCAGGAGUGGCUUGCAAACAGCCAAGGUGAUAUAUGGGUGCUCGAUGGCACUCAGCUCACUUUGGCAAGGCAAGCCAAUUUUGUUGAUCUACCAUAUUUGACGGCAGACUACCUUGACGACAGGAACAAAGGGGAUGCCAUUGUUAAAACCCUGGCUCUUGUUCAGGUUCUAUGGCUGACCAUUCAGUUGAUCGUCCAGAAGACUCGCAACUUGCCCUCGGCGCAACUCGAGAUCGUCACUCUCGCUUUUGCGGUUCUAGCGGGCAUCACUUACGCCCUACUCUGGAAAAAGCCGCAAGAUGCGAAGACUCCUGUCUAUAUUCCGGCGAAGAGAUUCCCCAAUCCGAGAGAGUUGGUAAAGCUAGCGGAGGCAUGCCCGCGUCAUUGGACAGGGGGGAAUACGGUCUGGAUGUUAAACGGGUGUAUGCAUUAUGGAGACUCCCACUCUUUCCUUUCGAGAUUGAGCUUUUAUGGCGGCGGGGGUCUCGGUGAUCAUUUUGAUGAGCAAAUUCAGGGUAUGGGGUUCGUGGGGGGAUGGGCAUGA